AUGUCCGUGGCGGAUCCAGAGGCUCCCAGAGAAGGAGAAAUUCAGGCGAAGGGUGCCCUUGAUGAGAAGGUGCGGGCGACUCAAGACGGUUAUUCCGGGCCAGACGGUGAAGCUCCGUAUAAGAGCGACAUCAAAGUGGAGGAGCAGGAAGAGGCAGGAUAUAAAGAGCCUUCCAUAGAGGAUGAGAGCCCAUGGAAACUCGGUGGUGUGUUCCGUUUUGCGCUUUGGGGGAUUGAUCGACUAAUCUUCGGCACAGGCGGCCAAUCGACCCUCAACAAGGACGGUGAUCCCCGCAUCGCAGUCUUGAAGGCCGAAAUCCCUGUGCUGUAUGAGCAAUUCCCUCGCGUUCGGCGUGCCGACUGGCGGAGCAAACCGCGUGAGGUGACCUCGAUGGGCCGUCUGAGGGGGGCCUUUGUGCAGCAGACGGGUCGGAUCGCUCUGUCGGGGAAGGAGUGUCACUCGUGCGGGGCGAAUCGUGGCCCUUUCAAGUCUUGCCGCAUUCUUGUCGAUGGGAGGGGCGUCUUGUUUGCGGGUGCAUGUGGAAAUUGUGGCUUCAACGCGGCUGGACAUCGGUGUUCUUUCCGCGACUCGGUGUGGUACCCAAAGUGGGCUCGUGAGUACUUGCGGAAAGUCUAUCCUAACCAUCCCCUCGUGAGGGAGGCCCAAAAAUCUAUUCCAUCGGAUGCGCCCCGCCUAGCCUCCAAGGACUGUUCAGCGAGGUCGGAAGAAUGGACUCGAGAUCCAGGGGAGACACUGCGGAAUACACUGGCGCAUCUUUGCGCGGUGUUGAAGGUUCAAAUGAGUAUCGAUCCCUCGUUCCUGAAGAAUGAAAAGAAGGAGCCUGUGCAGGUCUCGAAGAAAGGGCUGGCCCCGUCUGAUUUGGGCCUUUUCUACAAUGAGUGGUUUGCAAACCCGUUAUUAAAUCGCAAGCUCUGGAAUGCCUCCAAUUUUUCAGCUGCAAAAGGCCGUCUUGAGGGAUGUUCCAAAGUGGACGAGGGGGAGGAGGAGGAGAAUAAGGAAGAAGAGGAUCUGUACGAGGUCCCCGUCAAGGAGAUGAGAAAGAAGCGGAAGUUGAACUGA